AUGGCUAAAUCUCAACUCAAACAAUUAAAAACAGCUUUAAGAGAUGCGGGAAUUUCUACUAGUAAUAGACGUAGAAAAAGGAAGAAACCUAUAAAACAAGAAGAUAGAGCAUCCAUAUUAGAAAAUAUCCGAUCUCAAUUUAAUCAUUAUGAAAAAAAGGUUAACAAGGUCAAAUAUGAAGUUGGCGGCCGAAAACUUAAAGGAAUUGAAGGGUAUCCAGGGCUAAGUCGUCAAGCAGGUGAAGAAAAAAGGAAAAACACAAUUCUUAAAGAUAUGUUAAGAAGAAAUAAAGAAGGAUGCUUUGUAGAUAAUCGUUUUGGAGAACAUGAUACACAUCUUUCUUUAGAAGAAAAAAUGUUACAGAGAUACGCUGUAGAAAAACAGAAACUCUAUGAAAAAAAUAGUAUUUAUAAUCUUGAUGAAGAUAUUGAAAAUUUUGGUAAAUCUCAUACAGAAAUUGAGGAUUUUGAAAAUGUUACAGAAAAUGAUUCGGGAAAUAUUGAUUUUGAAACGGUUAAUGAUAAACAUUUUGGAGGAUUUGAUAAUUCAGAACAAUUAAAUAAUAACAUGAAAAAAAGUAAAUCAGAAAUUAUGAAAGAAAUAAUAGAAAAAUCAAAACUUAGAAAAUAUGAAAGACAAAAGGAAAAAGAGAAUGAUGAAAUAAAAAGAGAGAUGCUAGAUGCAGAGUUUAAUGAUUUACAUUCAUUACUUGCUAAAAAUGACGGAUUUAUAUCUUCAAAAGCAGAUGAAAAACAAACGAAUAAAGACAUCCAGUAUGAUCUUUCUGUAAAGGAGUUAGCUUUUGAGAAGCGUGCAUGUCCAUCGAGUAGAACAAAAACAGAAGAAGAAAUUGCACAAGAAAAGGCAGAAGAAUUACAAAGAUUAGAAGAAGAACGAUUAAAAAGAAUGAAAUAUGAAUAUUUUUUAGAAAAUGAUAUAAAAAAAACUAAAUCUGUUUUUUCUAAAGGAGACGAUUUGGAAGACGAUUAUAUAACUGAUAAUGAUAAUGAAUCCGGUAAUAAUACUGAUAAUGAUACUGAAUUUCAUUCAUUUAAAAAAUAUAAAUAUGAAAAAAUUAAUAAAGUUGUCUAUUCUAUGAAUAAUACCAAAAAUGAUUUAAAUUUGAAUAAAAACGAAGCAACAGAUGAUUUUACUACAUCUAAUAAUCUAGGGUCUGAAUCUAAAAAUAUUACUUUUGAAUCAUCAAAUGAAUCACGAGAUUUAGGCCUAGGAAAAAAAAAAGAAACUGCUUAUGUUUAUCCAUGUCCAGGUUCAAUUUCAGAAUUCCUUUCUAUUUUAAAGCAUAUCGAACAAGAGGAUAUUCCAAAAGUUGUUGAUCGAAUUAAAGUAUUGCAUCAUCCUUCACUUCACCCAUUAAACAAAGAAAAACUUCAGACAUUUAUUCUAGUAUUACUUGACCUUAUUCUUUAUUUGUCAGAGAAAAAAAGUGUUUCACUUGUUACUUUAGAUAUACUUUCUGAACAUUUACGAGAUCUUUCAUAUAAAUUCCCAGAAGCUUCUUAUGAUGCUUUCCAUAAAAAGUUGACGAAUGCAAGGGAAAGAUUUAAUCAAUUAAUAUUUUCUGAAAAAACUAAAUCUCUUCCUUUAAUUCAAGAUUUAGUAUUUUUAAGAAUAAUUGGAGUAAUUUUCCCAACUUCAGAUCUUUCUCAUGUAAUAGUUACACCAACAUUGCUCAUAAUGGGGCAACUUCUUUCUCAAUUAAAAAUUAUAUCAUUAGGAGAUAUAGUCUUAAAACUUUAUAUCAUAACACUAUUUGCAGAGUAUAUUAAUUUAUCAAAAAGAAUAGUUCCAGAAGUAAUAAAUGCAUUAUUUAAUAUAUUAAAAAUAUUAUUUGAGAAAAACAAAAGAAAAUCAGACAAUAAGAAAACAUCUAUUGAUUCUGGAAAUAUUCUUUUUGGUUUAUUUUGUAAACCAAGGGCUUUAAAAAUUUUGGAUAUAUAUUCUAAUAAUGAUAAUGAUAAAGAAUUAGAAGUUUCUCUUUUUAAGACAACUGCUCAAUUAAUUGAUCAUUAUGCGAUUUUAUGGAGCGAAAAAUCUGCUUUUAUAGAGAUUUUUUCUCCUUGUUUAAAUUUAUUAAAAGAAUUUUAUAAUAAAAUAUCUUUAUCUUCUGAACUUUUGGAUGAAAUAAAUUCUAUAAAUCAACGUAUUACAAAAUUGCUUCAGUUUUCCUUUGAAACACGUAAGCCAUUAAUGUUACAAGCACAUAAACCUAUCCCAAUUCCAAGUUUUAUUCCAAAAUUCGAAAAGGAAUAUUCUCUUGAUAAAAAAUCAUAUGAUCCAGAUCAUGACAAGGCCAAAUCAACAAAACUAAGAUCUCAAUAUCGUGAUGCAAAAAGAAGUGCUAUUAGAAUGCUUAGGCUUGAUAGUCAAUUUAUAGCUCGAGAGACAGAAAAGAUGCAAAGAGAAAAAGAUGCAAAGUAUGCAACAAAAAUAAAGAGAAUACAUGGACAAUUAACACAAAAAGAUUAA